CGAACCCAAGUGAUGAGUCGAUUCAGUGAUUAGGUCAGUUUAAUAUCGGCAAAUAUGACUUUGCAAUGAACAAUAAUGCACACACACAGAGGAAAAGACUGAGAAACGUUUAAAACAAUAUGCGAGGGAACGUAUAUUUCGUUAUUUUGACGACUGAUUUCACAGCCCGUUUGAAUUAGAAUCGACUCUUUUCGACCACCGAUACAGUAGGAACAAUCAAGAUGGCGAACAUGGACGCAUUUGCCAAAACAAAAGCAAAGGAUUGUGCGGGUGAUGUGGAGAGCUCUGAUAGUUUGGAUGAGAGUGAAAUUCUUCCUGGUGAAGGAGCUGGUAAAGCAGAAAACAUGGGCUUUGCCAGUGAAGAAAAACACAAGAGAAGAAAACACAAACAUCGAAGCAAACACAGAAAACAUAAAUAUCACACACCAGAUGACAGGGAUCAUAAAUACAAGCACAAACUUAAGCGCAAACACAGAGACUCAUCCAGGGGUGAUAGAGACUAUUCUACAAGCUGUGAUGGUGCAAUCAUCUCUCCAAAGAGAUCCAGGCUUGAUGACCUGCUUGCUCUAGAGGAGUUAGAGAAACAGAGAGCCAUGAUUCAAGCAGAGCUUGAUAACGAACUAAUGGAAGGGACUGUGCAAUCAGGCAUUGGACUUAUAUUACAAGGUUAUAACACCGACUCGGAGGAGGAUAGUGAGAUCCAGGAGGCUGUAGGAAAUGGUGAGCAAUGGAGAUGGGAUCUCAAUGAACAUGUCAUUUCUAAUGACCAUGGGGACCAUCAGACAACAAUGGAUAUUGGAAGAUCUCAACAAGAUCACACAUAUGAUGAAAAACUUGUUUCUUGGCAUGAAGGCAGAAGCACAUCUGUUGAGAUGGUAGUCCGACAGCAUAAGUCAGAAAAAAGAAUAAGUAAUUCUAUGCUAGACAUUAGCGGUCCCAGCCAUGCAAGGGAGAGGAGACGAUCACAUAGCAUAGAGAGGUCCAAAUCUCCUGUGAUGUCCAAGGGACGAUUAUCCGGUGAUAUAAAGAUGGAGCGAAAGACAACCAAUGCUGAAAGACCCACAAAGCCUGGUCAGCAAAAUGUAGAACACAUAAAUACCAAAUCUUCAGAGAGAAGGAGCAAGUCUAGAUCUAAAGAAAGAAAUACCAACUUGCCAGAAGUUGACAGAGACAGGGAGAGAGAAAGAAAAUCAGUCAAGACACCUUCAAAAGAAGCCUUGUCUGGAAAAGAGAAUAGAUCUCCUUGCAGAAAACAAGAACAGCAGAGCCCCACUGUGCAGGCCAGGGCCCACCGCUCCCCUGAACACUUCCCAGUUACCCAGAGCACAGACAGAGGAUCCAGACAGGACAGAUCUUCAUGCCACAACAGAUCUCCUCCUAGGAGAGGCAGAUCUCGGUCUGCUGAAAGGAGACGAAGAGAAGAAGACCGUCAGAGACUUUCUAAUGACAGGAUGCGAUCCCGUGAUGAGGCAUGGGGCCGUAGAGAAUUUAGCCCAUCUCUGAGGUCCAGACAGAGGUUAAACCGCUCCCCUCUCAGAUGGACGUCCCGUUCUCCUAGGAGACGUAGUAGCAGGUCCCCUCUUAGACACAGAUCUAGAGAGCGGGACAGGAUGGAUCGCAGACAGCAGUUGCAUUCUGAAUCUCAGAAAAGGUGGAAGAGAAGAAGCAGGGAAAGGGAGGACUUGUUUAAAGGCAGUCUGUCUGAAGGCAUGAAGGUUGAGCAGGAAGAUUCAGAUGAUGAAGUGCUGGAGGACUAUGACAUCGAUGAAGAGGAUGAGGAGGCUUUGAUAGACCAAAGGAGACUUCAGCGCUUGGCUAUUAUACAGAAAUAUAAGUCUGUGAAUGAGGACAGUAACAUGUCAGGACUUUCAGAGCAUGGUAGUCCUCAGAGCAGCAGUCACAGCCGAUCGCCAUCCCCAGAUGACAUCCUCGAGCGUGUGGCCGCUGAUGUUAAAGCCUACGAACAAGAGAACCUGAACACGUUUGAGGAUAAUGUGAAGGCCAAGCAUAAUCUUGUCUCAGAAGAAAAGGAUGGUACUAAUCUGAAAAAGCCACAAGCCCCUGAUAUGUUCACAGAGUCGGAUGACAUGUUUGCUGCUUACUUUGAUAGUGCCCGGUUACGGGCAGCCGGCAUUGGGAAGGACUUUAAGGAGAACCCAAGUCUUAGAGAUAACUGGACAGAUGCAGAGGGCUAUUACCGUGUGAACAUUGGCGAGGUGUUGGACAAACGGUAUGGAGUUUAUGGCUACACAGGUCAGGGUGUCUUUAGUAACGUAAUCCGAGCCAGAGACUUGGCCCGAGCCAAUCGGGAGGUGGCAGUGAAAAUAAUACGCAACAAUGAAAUGAUGCAGAAGACAGGCCUCAAAGAGCUGGAGUUUCUUAAGAAACUAAAUGAUGCUGAUGCUGAUGAUAAGUUCCAUUGUUUGCAGCUGUUUAGACACUUUUACCACAAGCAGCAUCUGUGUCUAGUAUUUGAACCACUCAGCAUGAACCUCCGAGAGGUGUUGAGGAAGUAUGGUAAGGAUGUGGGGCUACACAUCAAGGCUGUGCGCUCAUACAGCCAGCAGCUUUUCUUGGCCCUCAAACUCCUCAAGCGAUGCAACAUCCUGCAUGCUGACAUCAAACCUGACAACAUCCUGGUGAAUGAAUCUAAGACCAUUCUUAAAUUGUGCGACUUUGGCUCAGGGUCACAUGUGGCUGAUAAUGACAUUACACCGUAUCUGGUCAGCCGCUUCUACAGGGCACCUGAGAUCAUCAUUGGAAAGUCAUAUGAUUACGGAAUCGAUAUGUGGUCUGUAGGCUGCACUCUCUAUGAGCUGUACACAGGAAAAAUCCUUUUCCCUGGAAAGACCAAUAACCACAUGCUGAAACUAGCCAUGGACCUGAAAGGAAAAAUGCCUAAUAAAAUGAUCAGGAAAGGUCUGUUCAAGGACCAGCACUUUGACCAAAACUUGAACUUUUUGUACACAGAGGUUGAUAAGGUCACAGAGAGGGAAAAGGUCACAGUCAUGAGCACCAUUAACCAGACUAAGGACCUGUUGAUGGGCAUGGUGGGUCGCCAGGCACUACCAGAGGACCAGCGAAAGAAGGUGGUUCAGCUCAAAGACCUGUUGGACCAGAUCCUGGUGCUGGACCCAGCCAAGCGGAUCACCAUCAACCAGGCAUUACAGCAUCCUUUCAUCCAAGAGAGAAUAUGACCAUAUCAACACACCUCAGAGACUCUGCCAGCUAAUGAUGGUUUUGUAUCUGCCGAUAUGACUCGGAUGGCAAAAGACCUUUUUGAAAAACUAUGCUAUUUAAUUUUAUUUGUUCAGAUUUGUAGUACUUUUCGAAGCAGGACACGUUCAAGUUUUAAACCCUAUAUGCUGUAAAAAGAAAAUUCUAUCAAGAUAUUUUAUAUUCAGAUUGCAUGUUUAUCUACCAAGCUACUUGUAAGUCAACAGCAGUUAAAAUUAUAUUAAUAUCAAAUAUAUUUUAUAUUAUGUUAAUUGUUCAGAUUGUAAGGAUGUCUGUCUUUGUGCUAAGAUUACACAUUUGUUAUCUGAUAUUUGAUGUUAGCCAAAUAUUACUCAACCACUCAAGGACUAUUUAUAGUGUGGCAUGAAACAGACCAGCAUAAAUGCUGUCUAUAUUCACCCUCCCUUAGGUGUGUGAGAACGCAACCUGGCAUGCAGGCCCUCGGCAUGCCCUUGUCCUAGGUGUGUUUCUGAUGAAUCUGAGGUCUUGGGUCCUGCUUGACCUCAUCUGCAGGGAAAAGCCUCCUCUGUAAAGGCAGGUUGUGCAUCUGUAUCAGUACACUGAAGGUAAGCUUACUCAUCCAUAAGAAACAGGAUCAUCCUUAUGCAUACUUGUGCAUAAUGCCUAUUGGCUUCUCCUGCAUGUUUACAAAGUGUAAAUAAGAUAAAUGGAUAUUGAUUGAGACCCUUUAUCACUCGAUGUGCUGGUGUUUCUCACAAAGCCAAAUCUGUUAGUCUGAAUGAAAAGGACUGGCUGAUACGUUCAUAAAAAUGGAGGGAAUCCCUUGAGCAAUCCGGUUACAUUUAACAUUGAGGGUAAGGGUGAAGGGGAACCCAAAUAUUUGUAAUGGACCAAGCACCUUCAGUGUACUGCCUCUGAUAGACAUAAUGCACAUUUUUUCAGAGUUGUGUUUACACUCAGCUCACAUACUCGACAUACUUACUUUGUAGAAGUGUUUGCUUUUUGAAACUGCAUGUGAAUAUAUGAUAUGUAUUGCUUUAAAUGCACUACUGUAUAGUGUGUUUCGCUAUGAAUAGCCUAUUUUGAUAUCUGUGACUCUUAUGUUUAUGACCAUGUUGUCUUUUGAUACAGGGGUAUUCCUGCUCUGAUCUAUGAAUCUGCUUGUUACAAGCGGUAAUUGCUUCUUUACUUCAUGCUUUAAUUAUUUUGUGUUCCAAAAAGAUAAACAAGUCAUACAAAACAUAGCUCAUGUGUGAAGAAUUCUCUCUGUUAGUUUUACAAAGAAGUCUGUCCUGCAUGAAAAUUUAACCAUUUGUAUUUAAUGUAAAUUCAUAUUAUUUGUUUUAGAAAAAAUAUAUACAAUAAAGAUGUUUUGUGGUUGGAAAAAAAUCCAGAAAACAUGAUUUUAGACCACCUCCUGCUCCUACUUGUGGUCUGACUUUCAUAAAUUCCAUGUCUGUUAAUUAUAGCUGUAAUAAUGUUAGAACUUAUAAUUCGGUGUCUUAUGAAAAGAAACGUAUGGUCUGUUUUCUUUCAACCACACUAACUGAUGUUUCUCCCACUGUUCUUUGUGUUCGAGUAUAUUCUCCGGCCACAGACUUUUGCCUGCCUGCCUCAGCUUUCAAAGGGACAAGACCUCUUCAAGGCCCUUUAUCCAGGUCACUCCUAAAGGCAUGUUAAGAUCCAACACAAAGCAAUGCUCUGAUUAAGAACUUAACAGCCAGUUGAGAGGACUGAUGCUUAUGCGUUGUCCUCUGUGAACAGCCCCUUACAUUUGAACAUUCCAUUGAACAGUUCAGAUGGAAGAUUAAUUUUCUGGCAAAGUUUAUUAUUAAAAUAACAUACUUUUUACGAUUUUAGUUUUGAAUAGUUCUACCUGUCAGUGUCAGCCCAAGUUGUUUCAAAAAUGGUCACAGAAUAACUUGUCAACAUACACCUUCAUACUCUGCAUUGGUUUUAUCUAUCCAAAUGUACUACAUAAGUAAAUUUUUAGACAGCUGCAUACUGUAUAUCACACAUUAAAUAAUCACAAUGUACAUCAGCUGAUGAGUGUGCAUUUCCACAGGAUGGUUCAAGAACGUGUGCUUUCUUGGAUGUACCAAGAUACUGGUAUAUUUAUUCUUUGUAUUUUAGGUGCUGUCAGUUUAGAGAAGACUCUUAAAGGGAAUCGCAUCUGGAAAAAGGUUUCUGUUUUAGAGAGUGCUCUUAAAGAGAAUUAUGUUUUGAUUCUAAGAUGACACUAGUUUUUAAAGGAGUUUCCUAUGUACAAUUUAACAAAGUUAGAGACUCUGCUUUUGUUUUCCAUUUUAUUGAGGCAUAUUAUGAUCUUAAGAGGCACUUUUGAGUAAAUUAAGCAAAUCCAAAUAUAAGAUAUUUAUGCUGUAUUACCCUAUGCAUAUACCUGAGGUAUAUCUCCUAAAUUUGCAAUUAUAAGCUGUGAAUGUGCAGUAGUAAAAUCGCUGUAUUAAUUAAUGGAUAAACAUUUUUUUACGUAUGGCAAAUUUAUGAAUGAAAAGGUAAUACUUUUCCUUUAGUUUUGAGAAAUAUGUUUGCAUGUUACCCACAAGUGUUUAAUCCAAACUAACCAUUUAAAUUCUAUUUCAGGGUAAGUCUAAAAAUUCUUCCAUACUCUCAUGUGACGGCAAGUGUGAGCGAUAUCCUGACUGCCAGCUGCUGUCCUACUCUAUUAUUGAAGUGCCUUUCAAGAGCUCAUCUUAUCCAUUCAUGGGCGAAAAUUAACUACAACAACCGUGCACAGCAUAACAAUACAUUUAUUUUGUGUGAAAUUAAAUUCCAAUAUUGUUCAUUUUUAAUAAAAACUUUAAAAAUUA